AUGGCUAACGUUUUCUUUGAUAUCGCUAUCAACAAUGCCCCUGCCGGCCGCAUUGUCUUCAAGCUCUACGACAACAUUGUCCCCAAGACUGCUCGCAACUUCCGUGAGCUCUGCACUGGCCAGAACGGUUUUGGUUACGCCGGUUCCGGAUUCCACCGUGUUAUCCCCAACUUUAUGCUUCAGGGUGGUGACUUUACCCGCCACAAUGGUACCGGUGGUAAGUCCAUCUACGGUGAGAAGUUUGCUGAUGAGAACUUCCAGCUUAGACACAACAAGCCUGGUCUUCUUUCCAUGGCCAAUGCUGGUCCUAACACCAAUGGUUCCCAGUUUUUCAUUACUACUGUCAACACUCCUUGGCUCGAUGGUCACCACGUUGUUUUCGGCGAGGUUGUUGAGGGUAUGGACCUUGUUAAGAAGAUUGAGUCCCUGGGUUCUCAGUCUGGUAAAACCAAGGCUACCAUCACCAUUGCUUCUUCCGGCACUGUUUAA